AUGUUCGUGGACAGAUAUAUGGUAUUCCAAGUCUAUGAAUAAAAAUUACUUCAGAACCAUACUCUUCACUCUAAGUAUAAUGUCUAGCUUGAUAAAUCAAUAGUAAAUAAUAUCUGCCAUGAUAUGGUAAUAUUAAAUAAUGAGAGAAAAGAUGUAGUCAUGUUUUGUAGAAGUAAAUAGCCUAUUGUUGAUUAAAAGACAAAAUAGUUUAUAGACUAUGAUUUUAAGUAUCAGAUGGUAUACGUUACCAAGUUCUAUGAACCAAAUUAAAGGAGCAUCAUAUACUUAUAGUACAUUCAAGAGAGAAUUAUCUUGGAAGACGAUAUUAUUGGAAUCAAAUACCUUGAUGAACCGAUAAAUGGAAAAAAUGCAAAUGAAAUAUCUUACUUCAUCGGUGUGACUCUUUUGAAUAACUAAAGAAAGUUAGUCGUGUUUUUCACGAAUAACUCUAGAGCUUAUGAACUUGAGAAUAGAAAGAUAAAUUUUAGAGAAUAUAACUAAUCAGAUUUAAUGAGGAUUUAAUACUACAUAGAUUUACCAGAGGAAUAUGAGUCAGUGCCAUUUAUUGAUGUCUCAGUGCUCAAAUUUAAAGUUUCAAUAUUAGCUGUUGUUUUCGAGCAAACUUUACUAUUAUGUAGCUAUGAUAAAAGGCUCUUAGAUCCAUUCUUUGUUAGAUCAGAAAAUGAUGCUACUUCAAUUCCACCCUAAAUAAUGGAACUGAAUACUGAUGACUAGUAAAACAUCAUAGUCACUAAAAUAUACUUGAACCCAGGAGAUAAACAGACUAAUAUUGGGAAAAGCAAUAUUGCUGUUAAUAGAAAUUUCAUUAUACAUAUGAUGAAAGAUGUCUCAACAGACAAGCAUUUUCUCAGAAUUUAUGAUAGAAAUUCACAGAGAUUCGACUUAUCUAAGUAAAAAUAUCAAGUGAAUUAUUUAUUUAUAUAGGACACAUUUAUUUUAAGAAAUGAGUAGCAAAUUACUUAGCUCAGUAUUGAUUAAUGGCUUUUGAAAUUGACUGGAACUAAUAAGAAUCUGAUUGAAAAAUAUGCUAGCAGUUUAUUCGAAUGUAAUCUGAAUGUAUCCAAUUCCCAAAGCUAGCUAGUUGUGUAUUUCAACUUGAGCUUUGUAGAUGAUAAAUUUAUGACUGUUUAUUCUCGUGAUUUAGGAAAUCCUAAUAUACCAAAGGAGAUUGAUAUUUUUUAUAAUUGUGGUGAUAAAUAUUUCUAAUUUAUUACAACUGAUUAUUUCAUUGGUCCUAAUUUUGCUGUUGAAUAUUAUUAACAUGAUGAAAAUUGUGAUGAUGGCUCUUGCUACUUUGAUCUUUAAAAUCAAGAGUUUAAACUUCUAUUUCAUUCAUAACUUGAGCAUGAUACCUGCAGAAACAGUAAAAUCUUUCCUCCAUAUAAUUAUGAUGCUAAGUCAUCUUAAAACAACGUUUUAAUAUGCUUCGAUGUAUAUGAUUAUUCAGUCAGAUCUCUUGUCUAAGACACAAAGUCAUAGUAAUUUAGAGAAACCAAUAAAAUAUACUCAAGAAAUACAAAUUAUUUAUUCCACAGCUAUGAUGUAAAUGAUAGGAGAAUGUUUUACAUUCACACUUAUUAUUUUAUCAAGUCUAUCACCUAUGCGAAGGUUCAAUUCUAUGAUAUCAGAGAUUCCAUAAUAUAUAGAGGGGAAAUACCAGUUUAAAUAUCAGAUAUAUACCCCAAUGACGAAGAAGAAUUAAUUUUUAGUUACGAUGAAGACUUCAAUAGAGGAGUUAUUAUUUUUCAUAAUCUAAGAAAUGACUCUCGAACUCUCCUAGUAUAUGAAGUCUUAUUUCCAGACUCUAUUAAUUUUACCAGCUCAUCUCUAUUUGAAGUAGCACAUCUCAAAAUUGAUCCUUACUUUAAAAAAUAGUAUACCUAUAAAGCUAUAGUCUGUGAUAACUUGGUGAUUACAGCUUAAAAUGACAGUUCAAUAUCACUUUUCUAGAUUACUGGAAAUGGAAAGACAUCAAAAAUGAGUUACAUCCGAACAAGAGUAAUCUCAAAUGAAAGUGGAGAAAUUAUAAGAGAUAUAGAAUUGCAAGACUAAAAAUACUUGAUUAUCUAUAUUCACAGCAAUAUUGUCAGAAUAUUUGAAGUCCUAAGCUUGACUGGUGACAUAAUAUAUAAGGGGCAGCUUCCAAUAUAUCCAUAAUAUCAAAGUUUCUCAUUUUUUGUUGAGUUUCCCUAUGUUUAUCGAAUUCAUAAAUCCUACGACUAAGGGUUUCUUGCCAUUAUGUUAGAGAAGAGAGAAACUGAUAAUACUUUAACAAAUAAAGUCUUUGUCUACUGUAUUACUUGCGAAGCUCUACAUGACAGCCUUUUUGUUAUCUCUAAUCCUUAAUAAAACAUUUCAGAGGGAACUAUUUUUCAAAUUGCUUUAAUAAAAACCUAGAAUUCAUUUAACCUCUUCACUAUAGUAAUUGACAAGAUUUUCAUUCACUAAGCAGAUAUAUUCAAUUCUAUUCAGGUCACUAAAAACGAAGAAAAUGCUAGAGGAUUAAUUUAAAAUUGCUCAGUGCUUUCAGAUUAUAACUAAGAUUCUAGCAAUAUAACUUCAAAGACAAGUAGUAAUCAGAUAGCUAGACUUAAAGUAAGUGCAAGAAGUUUGUUUGAUGAAGGUGCAACUUCUUAAGGUUAAGUUAUUAUAAAUAUUUACAGUCAAAACUAAGGUCUAGUCAUUACCCCUACUUAAAAACUAAUUUAAUCUGAUAGAAUAACUGAUAUAACUUUCUCAAAUCAAUUAGAAAACAAAGUUUCAGUAUAGGAUUACCUUGGAGGUGCAAGUAUGAGAAUUUUGUAUAACUGUAGCUAUUUUGAUUCAGAUAUGAAUGUACAAAGUUGCAAUAAUUAGGUUAAGGAUUUAUAUAGUUCUAAAGCUUACACAUUCUAUAUUGAAUUCGUAACUUCUAAUAGGCAAGUAAUAUUCUCAAGUAUGUUAGGCAGGUACAUUUUUAUGCUUGAUAAUAGAUAAUUGUGGUAUCUACUAUAAUUUCCAGGAGGAAGGUCUUACGAAUUUGAUAGCGUCAAUGAUAGUCCUUUAGAGAUAUUAGAAAUUGGCUCGUUGAAUUAAAAUUUUAGCUGUGAAAUCGGUUCUGAUGGUGGUUACUUCUCCUUUUUUAGUUUUAAUACAGAUGAUGAAGGGCACUCUUAUCUUGCAUUUUACCAAUGUCAAAAACAAUAGUUUAAGUACCUUGGAAUAUCUAUUAUUAAAGUCUACAAUAAGCCAACUAGUAAUGGCGAAUAUAUUAAAAUAGAGAGAUUUCUCGAUUAAUUUAGAUUUCCUUUUACUAUCAUUGAUGUUGAUAGAGCACAUCAUUAAGAUAUUGUAGAUGGAUAGACUUCGUAUUAGUUCAUAUUAGCAAUAAGCUGUUCAGUUGCAAAUUCAUUUUCCAAUGUAGUAUACAUCUUAAAUUUCUAGAUGGAUCUUGAAAACAAGACAGUGACAUUGGAUAAUUAGAACUGGAUUGGAUCUGCUACUGAGGGCAGAGAUUCGUUCCGAGUUACAAAGCUUAUUCAAAUUCCUAGGUCAGAUAUGCUUAUUGUAGUAGAUCAAGAUACAGGUGCAUAUAUUUAUGACUUGAAAACGUAAAAAUCGAUAUUUUCUAUUGAGAUAGAGAAGUUAGAUGAUUUCAUCAAGCAGAGUCUAGAUGAUUAUGACUAAGUAUUAGUAUAUUCAGCUCUUGGAGAAUGGCCAAGCACUAUUCAUCUACUGACUAACUUUGGAAUAUUUAUUUACUCAUUUAAUGUAGAUCUGACCAAUAGAACUUAAAUCUAUCAAGAAAACGAUUAAGUUAAUUUGAAGAUAGUUAAAUAAUCAACCAUAAGAAGAAACUUCAAUUAGCAGUUAUCAAACGAUGUGGUAUUUAACUAAUUUGCUUACUCUUUCCUUGCCUAGCUUAAACUUAGCAAAGAUCAGUAUGAUAUUUAUCUGAUCACGGUUUCUCUUUACUCAGGAUAAACAUCAAGACUAAUUGAUAUUCAGAAAAUUGGAACAAAUCUUCAUUGCAGCUAACUAAUUUAAGAUAAAUCCUUAACAGACUAGAAGGAAGACAUUAUAGCUGUAAGCUUUGUAUGUAAUACUUAGCUCUACGUUUAUAAAAUCACCACCAGACCAACCUUGGAAAUUAACUUCAAGGAUGUAGAUGAUGGAUUGAUAAUGCAUUAGAUAUAGAAAUUCAACUUAACAAUAAAUGCAACAUCUAGUAUAUACAUGAGUUCAGAUUAAGUUACCAUCAUUUUCAGAUAUAUUGUGAAUGCCGAGGAUAGCCGGUAUCUAAUCUACUUUGCAGGCUUUGGUAUAUUGGGCUUUCUAUCUGUGCUGCUAAUAAUCUUAAUCAGAUGUUUUCAUAAAUAGCAUCAUAAGACCCAGUCUUAAUAUGAGAAGCGAUAUGAAAAACCCUCAUUCAGUUACAUCGCAAGACCAGUUACUAUUAUAAAUGGAAAAGAAGUUAAUUUAAAAAAGAAUGUAGAUGAUUCAUUUGAACUUAUAGAGACUUAAGACUUUCCUGUAGAGAGUUAUUACCAAAAAACGAAUUCAACAGAUUAGCAAUAUAUUACGAAUAGUUCGAUAAUACCUUAACAGAGUAUUUAGGACAGAUUUAAAAAUGUCAGUAAUGAUAAUGAGUUGUAUGAUUACAAUAACAUGCAGCUUAAUGAUAAGCAAUAACACAUCGACAGACUUUAGAAGAUGAGAGCAUAAUUCAAUAUUAACUAGUCAUUUUUAAAAUCAACUUUCAGCACUAAUUUCCAAGAUGAUGCAUCUUCAAAUGCCUAAGAUGUAAAUUCUUAGGAAUAGCGUCCUUCAAUUGUAAGAGGGUCAAUGAUUACUGAGAGAAAAUAUUCAAAGUCACUAAGAUAUAGGAAAUAUAAAGCAAGAAUCUGA